CAAAGUUUGACCUACUUAUAAAAGUUGUGGAUUAGUUUUUUUUAGGUGUGUCAGUUUUAUUAUAGACACGUUUAGAGCGCGCAGUUAUAUCUUAAGAAAUGACUUCAAACAGAAUUGCUGUACUGGACCUAUAUUUGGUCUAGAAUCAAGUUUAGUACCUCUUGUGAAAGCUUCACUACAAUUCCCGAGAUAGAAUACACAUUUGAAGUAGCUAGCAAUAUGGAUUUCUUUACAAAGAUCAAACGCAUGCGUAUCAAUUGGCCGAUUACUCUGCUGGCCUCCCUUAUGGCUGUUCUACUCGUGAUACAAAUUAUAUCCUUAAAUGGCAGACUUCUGUCACAAAACAAAGACAGGUCACGUCGUGAUUUAUAUGAAGAGGAAGUGCAAUAUGGUAACAGAGCCAAUGUUGAAUCAGAUCAAGACUUUAUAAAUACAGGAAGUAACAAUAUUCAUCCGCGUAAUAGUGUUAAUGUAAACAGUCAGGGCGAUGAGAGUCCCCUAGUGGACUCCACCAUAUCUAAACCAUGCCCAGCUUAUAAUCAAGAGGUGGUGGAGAAAUAUCACAAUAUAUGGAUGUGGGCUAAUAAGAAUAUAAACAGUGAUGAGUUAUACCCAGACUCUCCUGAGGUAGAUGGCGUACUUGAUGCUCUACAUAAAGCCCCAAUUGUGAAAGUUGAUAUAUUAGACUUGGACAACUUUGAAGCAGGGACAUCUGGUAAAUGGAUCCUUACACUUGCAGGUGGGCAGAAAGCUGUAUUUAAGCCACUCAUGGAGAAAAUGGGAGAGCCAAAGGCUCACGGUUACUGUAACUAUGGUUACGAGAUGCCAAGUAGUGAAAUUGCAGCAUGGAGACUUCUGAGACUUCUGGAUAUAAGAAAUGCCCCAUAUGCAGUUGGACGCAAGGUGAAUCUGAGAACUGAGAUUAUUCCUGCGGCCACUCCUAAAUUUAUGCGCAAGCUAGUCAUUAAGGAAGACCCAGACAAAGUAUGUUAUGUUGAUAAAUGUCCAUUUUGUAAGACGGAAAAUCAACUUUGUCCGAGAGAUUUGCGUAUUAUCGGCUCAGUUGUUUACUGGGUUCCCCGGAAGCUGAAACAGCAUACCAGGCGCCCUCUAUUUAUGCCCUUUCAAAUUCCCAGACGAAAAAAAUACUGGGGUAGUAUUGGAUUUAAUAACAAAACAUUCUGUAAUAUGAUCCCGAAGAUACCUCCAUAUGGUAACCCAGAAUACUUCCGAGAUCUCUUUGAUUUUGCUGUCUUUGACUAUUUGACAUAUCAUUACGACACAAAACACUAUACCAUCGCAGAUCAUAGUGAGGCUCAUGGUCUCACAGUGAGGCUAGAUCAUGGGAGAACGUUUUGUGUUCAUCGGAAAGAUGAAGAUCAAGUAUUUUUAGCUCCUAUAUAUCAGUGUUGCACGAUUAGGAGAAAACUGUUCGAAAAACUCCAAGAAUUCAAGGAAAAUAAACUUAGUGACGCUCUCCGCGAUGCCCUAAAAGAAGACCCCUUAUAUCCUAUUCUUGUGGAACAACAUUACCAAGCUAUUGACAGGCGAUAUAAUAAAAUAAUGGAUACUUUUGACAAAUGUGCCCAAGCUCAAAAAGGAUACGCUAGUAUUCUUCUCUAGAAUGGAACACACACUAAAGAACAAGUGUUUUUGGUGGAGUUUCAGGGGUGAUAUAAUGUGAAAUGACUCCUGAUCUAAUCUAGUGGUUUUCAUAACCAGGGAAUGGUGUAACAGGAGCAGCAAUUUAUGACAUCAGGCAUGUGACAUGAACUGAUACUCGGAAAUGCAAGAAUAUCACGCUUCAUUUGAGUCGUUACAAAGAAAUGAUGUGAAGUAAGCAACAAGAAUAAAUAGCUGAAACAUGGCCAUUGGGACAUGACUAUGUUGUGUCAAAUUAUCUCUUGGAUUGUAUCUGAGGUUAGCUCCACACUGCCAUAUGAGGGGAGAGAGGCAUUGAUCGAAUAGGUAUUGGGACAAAGUUAAAAGCUAACACAAAAGGUGCUGGAUUGAUUAUUUUUAACACAUUCUUUUGCUCUAGACACUCUAAAAUGAUAAACUGGUGCAUUGCAAAAUUCAGUUUAAUGUAUAAUAAGGCACACCUUGUACCAAGACUUAAUCUUUAACCUCUGAAUAUGAUCUGACUGCAGUCUUUAAUCCAGUAUAAACACUAGAGGCAACAUAUUGAUCAGGCCCGUAGCCAGGGUUCACGUUUUGAAAAAUUCCAGGGGGGUUC